AUGUCGGAUUGUGCGCGAGAUCGUCCUCUCUUCGAUCUGAACGACACUAUAACACUUCAACUGCUUGAAAAACUCGCUAACUUUCGCAGUUUCUAUGGACCGAUUCAUGGUUAUAUCUGUGUGGGGUUAUGUGUGUUCGGUAUUCUCACAAAUCUGGUUCAUGUACUCGUAUUAUCCAGGCCGACGAUGCGAAACUCGGCCGUCAAUUGUAUUCUGACGGCAGUGGCGGUGUGUGACAUCGGCACAAUGGUAUCAUAUCUCAUCUACAUUGUUCAUUUUGUAAUAUUAAAAGAUAAUAAUUGUUCACCUCGUUAUACACAUGGAUGGAUGCAAUUCCUUCUAUGGCAUGUCGUUCUCAGUAUUACAUUGCAUACAACAUCACUCUGGCUUGCAGUAGCUAUGGCAUUCCUCAGACGAAUGACAUUACGUGUUGCUCGAUUGAACAGCUUCUGGCAACGACCGCAAUUUGCAUGGAAAAUCUGUUCUUUCAUCUAUGUUGCUGUUCUUGUCUUAUGUUGUCCAAAUAUGUUUGUUCAUGAAAUUAUUCAAUUACCAUCCGAUGCUAAUUGGCGUCCAUCAGAACAAUGUGCAAAUGAAUAUCCUCAAAAUUAUUCUGAGACAAUAUACACUUUUGCUAUAAGUUCAAGUGCUGUUGCAAAUAAUUGUCGAUUGUUCAAAUGGAACAUUUGGAUGAUUGGAAUUGUUUUUAAGAUUAUUCCUUGCUUUCUGUUGCUACUUCUUUCUAUCGGACUUGUUAUGAAGAUUCGGGAUGCUGAACGUCAUCGACGAAAACUUACAAAUGGCAGCAACAUGACAACUGAUGCCAAAUCAGCCAAGAAGAAAACGCAUAAAACGGACCGAACGACAGUUAUGUUGGUAGUCAUCCUUAUAGUAUUUCUGAUAACUGAAUUGCCUCAGGGCUUGAUAGCCAUACUGUGUGCAAUCUAUACAGCGGAUGUUCAUAGGUUUUUAUAUUUCUAUUUGGGAGAUAUAUUAGAUCUUCUAUCAUUGCUCAAUUCAUCUGUUAACUUUAUAUUAUAUUGUUUGAUGUCAUCAAGAUAUCGUCAAACAUUCUGGACAGUCGUAUUACCAACUCGUGCAUAUGCAUUGGUUAUGAAAAGAGCAACAACACCAAGUAAUUUUAAUUUUUCACAAAUUCCUAUGCAAAGAAAGAAUAGCAAUAAGAUCAGAAACAAGGAAUAUACACCAUUGGCAACGGACGAUAUUAAUCUCAGGGAAUGUCCAAGUCCACUUUCCGACAGCGAACGGGUUGAGCAGCUGUGA